AUGGAAGGUGGUGAAUUAUUCAAUCGAAUACAACAACGAAGCGAUAAUCCAUAUACUGAACGAGAUGCUGCUAGAUAUAUUUGGAUGAUUGUUCAAGCUGUUAAUCAUUUACACAAAAUGGAUAUGGCCUGUGACAUUUGGUCCAUGGGUGUGAUUAUGUAUAUCCUUCUAUGUGGUUAUCCUCCUUUUUUUUCGGAAGGUGGACAUACGAUCAGUUCUGGUAUGAAGAAUAGAAUCAAAGCCGGUGAUUAUGAAUUUCCGGAUGCUGAAUGGCGAAAUAUCUCACCAGAAGCUAAAUCUACUAUUCAACGAAUGCUUACAGUGGAUCCAGCUCAGCGUAUUACUAUUGAUGAAAUUCUCACAUGUACAUGGCUUACUGAAUUGACGUCCUCCAGGCCAAUCAAUAUGGUUGCACUUCAAGAUGUAGAAACUCGACAACAAUUAGAAGCUGCAGUUGCAUCUGCUACUGAUAACCAACGUCGAACUGAUGAUGAUUUAGGCAUUGAAAUAUCUGGACCAGAGGAAUCACGUAUUGCUAAACGAGUAGCCAAACGAAAACAACAAAUAGCUGUUGCCAAUGAGGAACAUCAUUGA